AUGGCAGACGGCCCGUCCCUCGACCCCGGCCAUCCCUUCUCCGCCACGUCCCACAUCUCUUUCAACUACCACAGACAGACAAUCUCCGCCGCUCCUUUCGGCUACGACUACUUCCUCUCCCUGCCCCCCGCCUACGCCUCCUCCCCCGCCCGCACGUGGCCGCUCAUCCUCUUCCUCCACGGCGCCGGCGAGUCCCAGCGCGGCCUCAACGAGUCCUACGCCUCCCUGCGCCACGGCAUCCCCAAGCUCGUCCUCUGCUACGACAAGUGGAAGGCCGGCUGCCCCUCCCCCGCCAUCCACAUCCCCAAAGCCACGCGCUUCAGCUCCCGCCGCCCGAUCCCCGACCCCGCCGACCUCUCCGCGCACCCAGUCCCCCCCGCCGCCUGCACGCUCGCCGCGGAACAGUUCAUCACCGCCUCGCCCUCCCUCGACAUGCUCCACGGCUACGGCUGGAACCCCGCCGUCCUCUCCUCCCUGCUCGACGAGCUCCUGCUCACCUACGCCGUCGACCCCGACCGCGUCCACGUCACCGGCUUCUCCAUGGGCGGCUACGGCACCUGGGCCCUCGCCCUCCGCGCCCCCCACCGCUUCGCCUCGCUCGCCCCCAUCUGCGGCGGCGCCGACCCCGCCCUCGCCAAGUCCAUCGCGCACGUCCCCCACUGGAUACACCACGGCGAGAGCGACCCGAUCAUCCCGAUCGAGGAGAGCGUCGAGAUGCACCGCGCCCUCCGCGACGCCGGCGCCGACGAGGUGCACUUUACGCGCUACCCAGACACCGAACACGACUCUUGGACAUACGCAUACAAUAAUCCCGACCUCUUCCGCUGGAUGCUCGAGAAGACCAGACCCGCGACGAACAUAUCGCAAACGCCCUACCCCUAGAGCUGGGCUAAUACCGCCAUAUCAUAAUACUCAUACUCGGUCAACACGGACACAUACGUUUCUGCUGCCGUCUCCCAGUAUGCCUACACGAGGACGGACGCUGCCUCUCCUUAUCCACGACACCUUCACGAAUAUAUAGGAUCUCUGAUGUAGCACUAGGGUUUUUCUUUUUAUCGCAUAUGUAUUCUAUAAUACGGGAAUAUACACGAAGAUGGAGCCUUUGCUUGUUUUGACACCAGCACCCUAGGUAGG